UUCCUUUUAGAAGCACACCAUGGACCCCUAUAGCUGUGUGUGUGUGUGUGUGUGUGUGUGUGUGUGUGUGUAAGUGUGUAACACAACACUGAUGAACUAAAUGCAGGAGCAGUCUAGUGACCUCCACCUGCUUUUUUUAAUCACUGGCACACGCACACGCACACACACACACACACACACCGAGCUCAUCUACAGUAACAUGGCAGCUGGCAGCAACAGGAGGAAGGAGUAUUUAUCAGUGAAAGAUCUGGAGAAGGUUUUGGACUCCUGCACUCUGAAUCUGAAUCAGAUAGAUGAAGUCUGGCCAAACCUGUACAUCGGAAAUGUAGGAAUAGCUCAGAACAGAACAGCUCUACAGAGGUUGGGCAUCACCCACAUCCUGAACGCUGCCCACUCCAAACGAGGAAGCAUCGGGGAUCAGAACUUCUACGGCACAAGCUUCGUUUACUGUGGGAUCCCGGCAGACGACUCGACUCAUUUCGAUCUGGACGUUUACUUCAAACCGGCAGCGGAUUUUAUUCACAAAGGCCUGAAAACAGUGGAUGGCAAGGUUCUGGUGCACUGCAUUAUGGGUAUGAGCCGCUCAUCCUCGCUGGUGCUGGCGUACCUGAUGCUCUAUCACCAAAUGCCUCUGCGUUCAGCCAUCCAGCGCCUCAUCCGGAAACGAGCCAUCUAUCCCAACAGGAACUUCCUGGCACUGCUGCUGGACCUGGACCUGCAGCUGAAACGAAAGCGCAGAGUCUGCACGCUGCUCUAAACCGUUAUCCACAUAAACUACAGACGAACUACAGAUGAACUACAAACAAACUACAGACUAACUACACAAAAACUACAAAUCACACAUGACACCUGCAAUAAAACAACACACUCUCUGUCAUUAUUUCUUUCUCUGAAAUCUUAUAAAGCAACAAACCCAAAUUCUAUCAAAUUCAACUAAAACUGGUGUUUGGGUGGCGCAACAGCGUAAUGUUCUAGCCGACCACUGUGCAGACCAGAGUUUGAGACUCUGAGAAGCUUUUGAGACGCUCUACAGACAGUUGUUCAUGUUGGCUGCUGCGACAGCGACUCCUCCCACUGACUGGACAAGGCAAAUAUAGUGCGGUCAUCGUGUUCAAGCACCAGACAUGAUAACCUUUGACCCUCCUCAGCCAGCGUGGGUGUCGUGUACUGCAUGUGGCGGAGGAAUUGCAGUGGGAAGUGGAAGUUACUAAAUAAUGGAAGAAAAGGGGAAGGAUGCCCCAUGACAUCUUUGCCAGUUUAGUCGGGUUUUAGGUUAGCACAUCUCUCCGAAGAGAUGUGCGAGCCAUGGCGACCAAGUCUGAACAAGAUAAAUAUAUAUUUAUAUAUACUGUAUAUAAGAAGACCUAUUAUAGUUAUUUGUGAAUAAAUACAAUAUUUCUCCCAAUG